UGUUUUUGUAUUUAUAGAAAUUUUUAAGCCUAUUAUAAUUAGAUUAUAUGUUUUGAUGAAAACAGAGCUAAGAUAACUUGGAUUAGAGGGAUAUUUUACUUCAAAACACAGCAAUAUUAAACCAACAUUCCCAUAAAUUAUUGAAGGGUGUUCAAUCCAUUUGCCGGCUUCCUGCUAUGAAUCUCUGAAGUGGGAUUCUCUUGUUGGGAAAGUCGGAGCACGAUCUGCUGCAUGAAUGUCUCUUCUUCUCUGAAUUUCUUGACUACCAAUUGUAAUCCCUUAAUGGAGGUUCCGGAUAUGGCGGAGGCAAAGAAGGCUGAAACUCAAUUAAUAUCAGCUGCUGCUUUUGUGGAAGGGGGAAUACAAGAUGCAUGUGGUGAAGCCUGUAGCAUAUGCCUUGAGGAUUUUUGUGAAAGUGAUCCUUCAGUGCUGACUACUUGCAAGCAUGAGUUUCACUUCCACUGCAUCCUGGAAUGGUGCCAGAGAAGUUCCCAAUGUCCGAUGUGUUGGCAAGCCCUUAGCCUGAAGGAUCCUUCCAGUCAAGAAUUACUGGAGGCAGUAGAACGGGAGAGGAGCAUUAGGGCCACAUCAAGAAACGCAGCUAUAUUCCAUCAUCCCACCCUUGGCGAAUUUGAAGUGCAGCAUUUACCUGUGGGUACUAAUGAUGCUGACCUUGAAGAGCGUAUCAUCCAGCACUUGGCAGCUGCUGCUUCAAUGGGAAGGGCUCACCACACUGGUAGAAGGGAAGGCCAGAGGAACCGGUCAUCUGUUCGUGGUCAUCCACACUUCUCAGUGAUUUCCACUCAUCAUAGUGCACCUUCACUUGGUCAUGUUUCUGCCUCGGGUGGGGAGAGUGAACCAGCUACCAUAACUGCAGCAAGUCCAUCUAUCCCACUUACAUCAGGUGGAAAUGAAUCAUCACGAUGGAGUUCACAAGUUUCAUCUGUUCAAACUGAUGGGUUUUCUUCCUCCCCAUCUGGGCCUACACUCAUGCAAAGAAAUCGUCAAGGAGUUCCCUCUAGUCGCUGGAGCUCUACUAGUCAGUCCUCACCAAUGGAUCAGGAAAGUGCAGGACCAUCAGAUCUUCAGUCUAUUUCAGAGUCUCUGAAAUCAAAAUUCAAUGCCAUGUCAAUGAAAUAUAAGGAGUCAUUUUCAAAAAGUACAAGAGGCUGGAAGGAGAGGCUGUUCUCUCGUAGCACUUCUAUGUCAGAACUUGGUUCCGAAGUCCGGAGAGAAGUCAAUGCUGGAAUUGCUAGUGUAUCUCGAAUUAUAGAGCGCCUUGAGACCAGAGAUAAUAGUAGAGUUGACCAGGAUCCUGUAGCAAAUCCAACAGCAGAUGGUUCUUUGACUGACCAGGGAAACCAGAACAGUGCUGAGAGUCAUGGACGAAGUUUGACCGACAACAAUAGGCCUGCGACAACUUGUGCUGCAGGUCCUGCUUCCAAUUGAUAAGGCAUUAAUUGUUUCAGCAGUGCAUCUAUCCUCAGCAUUUUAUUAUAUGAGGCAUGACAUGCUGAGGAUGAGAUGCCUUGCACUUCAGGCUAGAGUUAAAGAGCUGUGAAUGAAAUCAAAUAAGGAAGAGCAAGUCUUGAGAUGAAGUGUUCAAUCUGGACAGUCGACAUAUAUAAAUGGGUAUAUAUUUGUAUGUAAAUAUGUUUCUAUAUAUAACCCAAUAUGUAGUGCUUUAAUUAUGUCUGAAUGAUCUGAUUCUUGGCACUGAUUUAUUUUGAAUACCAAGUGUCGAGACUUCUGGAACCCUUUCCAAGUA